UGCGCCGAGCCGAGCUCACCCGAGGGAGGGCUCCUGUCCCGGCCCGCCGCCCCCGGCCCAGCCGCCCGACCAGCAGCAGCCCCCGGGGGCAGCCCCCCGCUGCAGCCCGCUUCCCUGAGCGCCCCCUCCUCCCCCCCAGCCAUGAAUAUCUUCCGAUUCCUGGGAGACCUCUCCCAUCUCCUAGCCAUCAUCUUGCUUUUGCUCAAAAUCUGGAAAUCUCGCUCUUGUGCCGGGAUUUCCGGCAAGAGCCAGGUCCUGUUUGCUGUGGUGUUCACCGCCCGCUACCUGGACCUGUUCACCAACUACAUCUCGCUCUACAACACCUGCAUGAAGGUUGUCUACAUCGUGUGUUCCUUCACCACGGUCUGGAUGAUUUACAGCAAGUUCAAGGCCACCUAUGACGGCAACCAUGACACGUUCCGGGUGGAGUUCCUCGUGGUGCCCACGGCCAUCCUGGCGUUCCUGGUGAACCACGACUUCACCCCUUUGGAGAUCCUCUGGACCUUCUCCAUCUACCUGGAGUCGGUGGCCAUCUUGCCGCAGCUGUUCAUGGUGAGCAAGACGGGCGAGGCGGAGACCAUCACCAGCCACUACCUGUUUGCGCUGGGCGUCUACCGCACGCUCUAUCUCUUCAACUGGAUCUGGCGCUACCACGCCGAGGGCUUCUUUGACCUCAUCGCCAUCGUGGCGGGCCUCGUCCAGACCGUCCUGUACUGCGAUUUCUUCUACCUCUACAUCACCAAAGUCCUAAAGGGGAAGAAGCUGAGCUUGCCGGCGUAGCCCUGGUCCUCCCAGUCCUCGAUGGCCGCGGGAGGCGUGAGAAGGCGGCGAGGAUGAACAGCCUUCCCGUGGGGGGGUGACUUUUUUAAGAACAACCUCUCCCCACUCCCCAGCCCCUCCUGCCGGGUUUCCAGGUGGUUGGGGGUGUACGUGGUGGAGGACCCGGGUCUUGGGGAGCCCAGGACCUGGGAUAUUUGUAGUUUUUUGCCUUUUAGAAAAGAAAAAGAAAUCUUUCCACUAUUUAGUUUUUGAUUCUGAAACCUCUCUCUUCUUGUGCCCGCCCGGCCCCCGUUUUUAUAAACUGUUUCUGAGUGUCCUUUGGGGGCCGGGGGCAGCGGCACAGGCCUUCCCUUGCACAUCUCGCCCCGGCCCCACUGGCUGCCAAACACUAACCUGCCACCGCCCGCCCUGCUCCCCGGGGACGCGGGAAAGGAGGCCCAGGACGGUCUCCCAGAAUUUUCAUAAUUUUUUUUUUGCCGAGUUUGGGUUUCUUGUCCUGAUUUGUGGGUUUUUUUUUUUUUUUUUUUUUGACAAAUUGGGGGUAGGGUGGGGGGAGAUCGGGGCUAGGGGAUAGAAAAGAGGCCGGCCUUUAGUGAUCACAGCUCUCAUGUUUUUGUACAGAACUGCCAGUUGAUUCUUUGUUCUCUUCAAAUAAACCGAGGAAAAUGGUA